UAAACAAUCAGAGCUUGGGCCGUGGGAGCUCUUGGGUGCUCGCACGGCGGCGGCGGCGGCGGCGGCAUGGGAUUCGUGCAGGAGAGCAGGGAGAACCAGGUCAAGAAGAAAGCGGAAGAAGGUCUGCGCAGCAUAAUGAAGCAAAAGGCGCUCAAAGAAUGUGAUCAUUACACUGCAAAAUAUGCAGAAUGUGCUAUGGGAAGAACUAUAUCUGUAGUAUGGCAGUGUCGUAAACAAGCGAAAGAGUUGAAUGAAUGCCUUCACCAAUUUACUAACGACAGUGUUCUGGAGGAGAUGAAGAAGAACUACAUGCUCGAACAAGAAAAAAAGAAUAACAACAGGAUCUAAGCAACCGAUCGCAAAGUUGACUAUUUAUUGUUUGGAAUCUGGAUUCCCAUUCAAGAUCAAAGAAAGACAUAAUUGCUGACAAAGUUCAAUGAAUAUUGUGAUCUUGAACAAAUCUUUGCUGUAAAGCUUCCGAGAUCGAAAUGGUCCAACUCCAAAAAAGCAAAAAAGAUAUGAUCAGAAAGUCGGCAUCGCACAAUAAACAGGUCCAUUUGAACAACUCAUUAUCCUCUUCUUCAUCUUCAUCUUCAUCUUCUUCUUAUGCUUCUCAAUAUUUAUCUUUAUUUCUUAUGAUGACCAAAUUGAUAGUCAAAAGAAGUAGAGACUGUAGUGUGUGUGUGUGUGAAAAAGAUACAAAUAUUUUCAGAGGAUAAAGAGAACAAAAUCCAUGAUAUAUUCUCCUUUGAAACUUGUUCAGAUCAGAUAUAGAUCCAAGAGCAUUAAACCAACUUGCUUUACUACCAUUCUUUAUUGGGAAAAUUGCUCAUAUACCCCUAUAAAAGUAAGAAAUUGCUA